GAGCGGCACGUCGAGCAGUUUGAAUCCCGCUUCCUUGCGACAACGUUCGACCAGCUCUUUUCUGUUGGCCUCGUUUGAAUUUCGAUCGUCGAUCAUGACACGCGAACGGACGAAGACGUGCAGGUGAAAGACGUGCCGCGCUUCCUGACCUAUCAGUUCGACAGAACACGAGAGAGACACGCGAAAAAGUGUUACCGUAAAAAUAAAAUAAAAAAAUAAAAGUUUUCUUAGUUUAAAUUUUGUCGUAUUUUAAUAGAUGGUGAUAAAGUGUGUGAGUUUGUUGAGGUUUUAAGGUUCUUUCAAUUGAAUUGAGAAGCAAGAUGUGGCAUUUGACAUGCGUCGACGAUUUCUUGAACCGCACGUUUUAUAAAGUUGGUCUGAUUGUCGGUCGACAUCCCGGAUACUUUGUAAUCGUGCCAAUAUUGUUGGCUUGCAUAUGCUUCACCGGCUAUCAGAGGAUACACUACGAAAUCGAUCCAGAAUAUCUCUUCUCGCCUAUCAACGGUCCCGGCAAAACUGAACGAGCGAUAGUUGAACAGUACUUCAAGGUCAAUUAUAGCCAUCAGUUCAAUGUCGGCCGUAUCACUCGGCCAGGCCGAUUUGGUCAUGUAAUUAUAAUUCCCAAGGAUGGCGGGCAGAACAUGUUGAAAAAAGCGAUUUGGGAAGAGCUGACGGACCUCGAUCAGAUCAUUAGAAACAUUACAGCAGUGUAUGACGGCGAGCAAUUUACUUACAAUCAAAUUUGCGCGCGAUGGUUCAACGAAUGUUUCACCAACGACAUCUUAAAUCUACAGCCUAUAAUGAAAGAAGUGGAAACGCAAGAGUUAAAUCUAACAUUCCCAGUGUUCCUGAAUCCGCUCACGUGGGAUAGUCAUUUGUUUCCUGUGUACUUCGGCGGAACCGUUCUCAAUCCUGUGGAUCACACUAUAAAAUCGGUGCCCUCUGUGCAACUCGCCUACUUCAUCACCGUUGACAGUCCACGACAGGAUGCAAUCGGUGCUGCUUGGGAAGAGGCUUUUCUGGACGUUGUCGGCAAGGCCGAGGACGGAGGUGCGUUUAAGCACAUCAGCAUUGCGAGAUUUGCCUCGAGGACCCUUGAGCUGGAACUGGAGGCCAACACAAAGACGAUCGUGCCGUACUUCACCAGCACGUUCAUCAUAAUGGGCCUCUUCUCGGUCGUGACAUGCAUGAUGACCGACUGGGUGCGCAGUAAACCCUGGCUCGGUCUUCUGGGCAAUCUUUCGGCCGCUAUGGCGACCGUUGCCGCCUUUGGACUGUGCAUCUAUCUAGGAGUCGACUUCAUCGGCCUCAAUCUCGCGGCACCGUUUCUCAUGAUCGGAAUAGGAAUAGACGAUACCUUUGUCAUGUUAGCGGCCUGGAGAAGAUCAAGCAUCACUAAACCGGUACCGGAAAGGAUGGCAUCAACAUUGAGUGAAGCUGCUGUAUCUAUCACAAUCACAUCUUUAACAGAUAUGAUAUCCUUUUUUAUCGGCAUUCUAUCACCUUUUCCUUCGGUUCAGAUUUUCUGCACUUAUUCAGGUUUUGCGGUAGUUUUUACUUUCCUAUUUCAUCUAACGUUCUUCAGUGGGUGCGUCGCAAUCAGUGGUUAUUGCGAACAAAAAAAUUUACACAGCAUUAUUUGCUGUAAGGUAGAGCCUUUAUCCAAAUCUACUCAUCGAUCGUGGUUCUACAGAGCACUGUGCUCCGGUGGAAUUGAUCCUGUCGAUCCCAAUAAUCCGAUCGACAAUCCUGAACACGGAUGCAUGACUUGGUUCCGCGAUUAUCUGGCAGUCGCGUUAAAUUGUCGUCCUGUAAAAGUGAUUAUUAUUAUCAUUUUUAUGUGCUACCUUCUUGGCGGACUUUAUGGGCUUACAACGCUUCAGGAAGGUUUAGAUCGACGCAAACUUUCCAAGGAGGAUUCCUACUCAAUUAUCUUUUAUGAUCGCGAAGACUUUUAUUUCAGAGAGUUUCCUUAUAGAAUACAAGUGAUAGUAUCCGGUGAGUACAAUUAUAGUGAUCCAAUGAUCCAGAAGCAAAUGGAAAAUUUGACAAAAAGUCUCGAGGCAAGUGAAUACAUCAGCGCACCAAUUUACACCGAGAGCUGGCUUCGCAGUUUUCUCAUUUACGUAGAGGACAAUCAAGAUUACUUGAAUCUGACUAUCAAUGACGAAGAUAGCUUUAUUGAGACGCUCAAACAGGAAUGGCUGCAAUCAAGCAGUUCUUUCUCUUUAGAUGUCAAAUUCGACAAUAUGAACAAGAGAAUCAUCGCGAGUCGGUUUUUAAUACAGGCGGUAAAUGUGAGUGGCACCAAUCAAGAGAAGGACAUGGUGAAAAAGCUGCGUGGCAUCUGCGAGGCAUCGCCGCUGAACGCUAGCGUGUUUCAUCCGUACUUCGUGUUUUUCGAUCAGUUCGAGCUGGUGCGACCGACUAGCAUUCAGUGCAUGAUCUUCGGCGCGCUUGUCAUGAUGCUCAUCAGCUUCAUCUUCAUUCCUAACAUCUUCUGUUGUUUAUGGGUUGCCUUCUGCAUCGUAUCGAUCGAGCUAGGUGUUGCUGGUUAUAUGGCACUGUGGGACGUCAACCUCGAUAGUAUCUCUAUGAUCAAUCUAAUCAUGUGCAUCGGCUUCAGCGUCGACUUCACUGCGCACAUUUGCUAUGCGUACAUGAGCUCGAAGAAGCCGCGACCGGAGGACAGAGUGAAGGACAGCUUGUACAGCCUCGGUCUGCCGAUUGUGCAGGGCGCUGCGUCUACGAUACUCGGUUUGAUGGCGCUUCUGCUAGCUGGCACCUACAUUUUUCUCGUGUUCUUCAAAAUGGUUUUCCUGGUGAUCUUUAUCGGCGCCAUGCACGGUAUGUUUUUGCUGCCAGUGUUGCUGUCUCUCUUCGGACCUGGCGCUUGCUGCAGUGACGACAGCAACGCGUUGAACGAGGCCGGUCAGGCGGAGAACGCUAAGAAUAGCACACAGGAAAAGGAUCUGGUGGACAAGUUGCCGCAGCCUUACGUGAUCCCGCAUCCCCAUCUAGUUUAUUACACGGCAAACGCUAUCAAGCCAUUGCAAGAUAGUCUCGCGACUAGCAUGACGGCAUUCGAAGAAAGAGAUCCCGGACUAGGCACUAGCGAAGACAGUAAUUCGACAGAGAGCAGUUCGUCGCAAAGCAGAAGACGUCAGCAGCAGGACCAACAGGAUCAGCAAACGCAGCAACGUUACGGAUGGAGGCGAUCUAUUGGCGUGCUAUACGGUGUGUCGCAGUUUGAGCCAACGAUCGGCGAACCCGUGCAUCCAGCGCCGGAUUAUCCUGGCGCUGUAGUGACGCAAGACACUUGUCGACAUCAAGAAUCCAGCGAAGAUAGUAGACAUACGGUCACUCAUUUAGGACUUUAUGGCGGUUUCCGUCAUCCAAGUCAAUUUUCGCGAGACUACAGACGUAGCAGAUCCUAUCACAAUCUUCAAUAUCCAGCAUCGACGCGGCAUUUACCUGAACUUCGUUUUAUUUAGAGCGAAUGAAAGGAAUAGUGUGAAAAAAAUAAUAUGAUGCAAUAAGAAAAGAUGAAUCUCAUAAAUUCAGCCUUUUGAAGCUAGAUAUACUGCAACGAUUGUGUAAAAUACUUUGUGUAACAGAGACUGUAAAUUCUUGUAUAGAAAAUGUUGAUAUAUGGUAAACAUAUAUAUGGCCAGUAUGUUAUUAGUUAUUAACUUAAUUAACAAAAACAUAUAGUGUUCAAACAAAUCUUGUAUGAAAUUUACUCUUCGAAAAAUAUUAACUAUACUCACUUAUAUUAGCAAUAGCUCUCAUUUUAUAUUAAAAAGUAUUUUAUAUGUUAAAAAACUAUUUUUGAUUUAAAUAUAAUUUUUAUUCAAUUUUUGAUACUAAAUAGUAUAAUAGAACGUGAAAAUUAACUAACUUCAAAAAAUAUAAAAAAAACUUUAAGCUUUAAGAAUUAAUUAAUUUGGGAAGAAACAAGAAGAAAAACAAAAA